AUGUGGAACUGGCUGCCAUCGCUGGCACUCCUCGCUGGCGCCGGGAGUGCCACUCGCUUGACUCCACCCUACAUCAGCAGCCUGGGCUCUCUUCCGAUGGCCGAAACCGGUGUGGGUGAUGCCCUGCUACCAGCAACCGCUCUUCUUGCUGUGACCUUGGCCGCCCUUGAUAAGGUCCAACGCAACGACUUGUCGCAAAAAGACCUCUUAGAGGAGGAGGAUCGUGCGCCCGACCUUCCCCGCCCGAAACUUAACAGAGGACAGCGAAAGAGGAAAGACGUGGAAAAAUGCGCUUGGGCACAGAUGUUGGAGGAUAAGGACCUCGACGACAGCAACAGCAUAACCUCCAAGCAGUUUCGCCUUGACUUCCGCGUGCCCUACAGCUUCUUUCUGCGGCUCGGGGCGUUGGUGAAGAGCAAGGACUGGUUCACCACUUCUGGCUGCGAUGCAGCAGGUCGGCAAAGCCACCCAGUGGAGCACAAGGUACUGGCCUGGCUGACCAUACUCGGCAGGGGCAACUGCUUUGCAAGCAUCUACCAGAUGUCGUGGAUGAGCGCGAAGACCAACGACGAGCUGGACCACGUCAUGGAGCAGUACGACCGGCUUGGGUUUUCGGGCUCGAUGGGCUCCAUGGAUGUAACUCAUAUCGGUUGGAGUAAGUGCCCCUACAACCUAGCCCGUUCCUACACAGGCAAAGAGGGGGUUCCUGCGAUCGGGUACCAGGUCAUGGUUAGUCACGCUGGCCGUGCAAUUGCCGUGACCGAGGGCUUCACCUGCUCGACGAACGACAAGACCAUCGUCUGCUGGGAUGCCGCGGUCGAGAAGAUUCGGACGGACAAGCAGUACACGGAGAAGACCUUCGACGUGUACAACGAGGAUGGGACGACGACAACGCUCAAGGGGUGCUACUUGCUAGUCGACAACGGGUACCACAAGCUUGUUAACAGCGUCGAAUCGAAACGUCCCUCCCUCGGCCCUUCUCCCUUCCCCUUGUCGUUUUUUUUUCCAGUGGAAUAUCCUGAUGGAACCCACCAAGUACCCGCUGAGCGAGAACGACAUUCUCUUUUCGAAGGGGCGGGCGAGCGUGCGCAAGGACGUGGAGUGCUUCUUCGGCAUCCUGAAGGGUCGCUUCAGGAUCCUGAAGCUCGCCAUGGCGUACCACGAGUAGGAGCGCAUCGACAACGUGUUUUUCGCGAGCUGCAUCUUGCACAACAUGCUGCACACCUUCGACGGAAUGGACCAGCUGGGUCGCUUCAGGAUCCUGAAGCUCGCCAUGGCGUACCACGAGUAGGAGCGCAUCGACAACGUGUUUUUCGCGAGCUGCAUCUUGCACAACAUGCUGCACACCUUCGACGGAAUGGACCAGCUGGUUGA